GAGUCAGACUAUUUAAGGCUCCUCCUGGAUCAGGCUCACGUCUCUGGAUCAGCUUUAAUGGGUUUGAACACAGACUGAACCCUGACAGUCCUAGUUUUGCAGCCAUGGGGGACUGGUCUUACAUGUCCGCCCUGCUCCAUAAGGUCUACUCCCACUCCACGGUGGUGGGGAAGAUCUGGAUGAGCGUCCUCUUCCUCUUCAGGAUCUUCGUGCUGGGAGCGGCCGCAGACAACGUGUGGGGGGACGAGGUGUCCGAGUUCACCUGUGACACCAGAGAGCCCGGCUGUACGCAUACCUGCUACAACGCCAUGUUCCCCAUCUCUUACGUCCACUACUGGGUACUGCAGAUCACCUUUGUGAGCACACCCACCCUGGUGUACCUGGGCCAUGCCGUGCACGUGAUCCACAGGGAAAAGAGGAUGAUGGAGCAGCUGAGGAGCUGCACAGGUGGAGGGGUGCAGACCAAGUCCAGGUACACUGAUGAGCGGGGGAAGGUGAAGAUUAAAGGCGUCCUCUUCUGCACCUAUAUGACCCAGCUGGUCUUUAAGGUCCUGUUGGAGGUGGGCUUCUCUGUGGCUCAGUUCUACAUCUUUGACUCCAUCUUUGUGCAGUCCUAUUUCCACUGCAAACAGUCCCCGCCCUGUGCCCGAAACGGGGCCCAGUGUUACGUGUCCCGUCCCACGGAGAAGACGGUCUUCAUUAUCUUCAUGCUGGUGGUGUCUGGGGUGUCGGUGCUGCUGAACGUGGUGGAGAUGAUCUACCUGCUCUGUAACCGCAGCAGAGAGCGCACGAAGAAGCUCUUAGCUCAGCAGCACGCCUUCUCAUCUCAGCAGAGCCCGGCUAACCCGGCGUGGGGGGGCGGCGCCAGCAGGUACGGAGGGAUUCCUCUGGUUCCUGUUCAUUCUGCCGGUGUGAAAGGAGGGGAGCAGAGUGAGGACUCAGACUGGAAGGAGAAGGACAGCUGAGGGGAGAUGUCAAAGCACAAAAUAAAAAGCCAAAAUCCCAAAUUGAGUCCCUCAAAUUAAAAAUAUAAAAUCAAAACACAAAUCAAUUUAUUUUCCUACAUUCCUGACUUCUUAUCUAAAUAUAUUUACUCCUUAGUAAAGGAUAUCUUAAAUCAUCAAGGAUAAGUUGACAUUUUUGGAUUAUAAUUAGAAUUUCAUUUUGUCGGCACCAAGGUUGUAGUAGUUUUGGAUUUUUCAAUAGUUUUCAUUUCUAUUUCAUUUUCACUUUUUUUUUUUUCCAUUUCAGUUUAGUUUUUAUUUGUUUUUACUUCUGGUUUUUAUUUUGCAAAAAUUCUUCAUUUUGGAUUUGACCACUGGUUUGUUUACUCGUAUUUGAUAAUGAUUUUUAACAAUGCGCAUCAUCAACGAGCCAAGCACACACGGAUCACAUUUUGAAAUAAUGUAAAAUUGAGUAAAACUUGUCCAAACAUGGGUGUUUUAUUUGAUCUUAAAUGUACUAAUGAUAAAUAUUGUCAAAAGGGCAGAAACAGAAAAAUGAAAGCAACAAACUGACGGAACGAUCUGUGAGGGGAGCUGCAGAUGUGAGGCAGGGCCAGUUUUAGCCAUUUGGAGUCCCAGGGCAAAGACCAGUAUAGGGACCCUCCCCCUUUAGCUAAAAACAAUAAUAAUGAGAGGAAAAAAAUAGAAAGCAUAACUUUAAGUUAAGAGAGUCACAGAACUACAGUAAAUAACCAAAUAUGAAAUAUAAAUACCCAAACAGACAUCCAUAAUUCAUCAGCUCUCUUCUCACAGCUCUAAGUCGGCACAUUCUGAUAUUUUAUAAAGACUUUAGUCCAGGUGGAACUUAUCAUAUCUUAUCAUCAGUGAAAUAUAAGUGUAAUAUCAGUUUUAGAUGGUGGCUCUCGCAAUAGUAUUUUUAAGACAAUGUGGCUCCUGGGUAGAAUAAGGUUGAGUACCACUGCUUUGCAAUAUAACAGAUCAUGACAAGAAAAAUAAAGGAACUUGUUUGUGGUUAUUUUGUUGUUCUUACAGUUAUCAUUUUUUUUAACUAGAUGGUGAAUCAUAAAACAGAUAAAUUA